GAAGACUCAGACGGCAACACCGGCGUGUGUCUUCACGUCAGAAGAAACUGGCGCGCUGCGCGGAAGAAGUGUGGUGCGUUUCUUUAUUCACAGAGGGAAGUAUUUAAAAGGUAGACAACAUGGCCUCAGAUGACAUCGCCCAGCUGGCUGCUGCGCUCUCAAAGACUCACGUCGGCGACGGAGAGCUGAGCUUCAAAGGUCUGGGACUGAAGCUCGACGACGCGGAAGCAGCGGGGGAGCUGGUCGGGAAGAUAGAGCAGUACCAGGGUCUGAGGGCGCUGCGCCUGGAGGGAAACACCGUGGGGGUGGAAGCAGCCGAAGCCAUCGCUAAAGCUCUCGAGAGCAAAGACCAGCUUCAGAGAUGCUACUGGAGUGAUAUGUUCACAGGAAGGCUGCGCUCUGAAAUCCCCACAGCUCUGAUGUCUUUGAGCGGUGCAUUAAUGAGCGCUGGUGCCAGGCUAACGGAGCUGGACCUGAGUGAUAAUGCCUUCGGGCCCGACGGCGUCAAAGGAAUUGAGCAGCUGCUGAAGAGUCCCUCCUGCCACACGCUGAGGGAACUGAGGCUCAACAACUGUGGCAUGGGAAUAGGAGGAGGAAAGAUCCUGGCUGAAGCUCUAAUUGAGAGUCACAAAAAGUCGACAAGCCUCGGAUCCCCACUGAGACUAAAAGUGUUCAUCGCCGGGAGAAACCGCCUGGAAAAUGAAGGCGCGAGUGCCCUGGCCAAGGCCUUUCAGCUCAUGGGCAGCCUGGAGGAGAUCCACAUGCCUCAGAAUGGAAUAAACUACGCUGGUGUGACGGCCUUAGCCUCAGCCAUCCGUCAGAACCCCGAGCUUCAAGUCCUCAACUUCAACGACAACAGCUUCACCAAGAGGGGAACGCUGGCCAUGGCACAAGCUCUGAGGCACCUCAGGAACGUCCAGGUGAUCAACUUCGGGGACUGUCUGGUCCGUUCUGAAGGAGCCAUCGCCCUCGCUGCUGUUUUGAGAGAAGGACUUCCGAUCCUUAAGGAGCUCAACUUGUCAUUUGGGGAGAUCACAGGGGGAGCAGCCCUCGUGGUCGCCCAGGCCGUCAUGGACAAACCUCACAUGGAGAAAGUGAAUCUGAACGGCAAUUGUUUGGGUGAGGACGGCUGUGAGGUCUUGAGAGAAGUCAUGGACAAUAUGGACAAAGGAGAGAUGCUGGCUUCCCUCAGUGAGGAUGAGGGUGAGCCAGAUGAUGAGGAAGAUGAAGACUGUGAGAAUGGCGACAGCGACGAAUGUUAUGAGACCGAUGAGUGUGAGGAAAUUGGGGAAGAAAAUGGAAUAACGGGAGGAGGAAGCCCUGAAAAACCUGAGAGCCAAACAGAAAUCCUGACGUUUCUCAGUAGCCCCUCAGCAGAGAAGUUGUGUCAUAUGAAGAUGAAUCUUCAGCAAGAGGUGAAUGCAUCUGAACCAAACAAAGCUGCAGAGAUCUUUUUGAAGAUUGGCUCCCUGUACAGCGAGGACACUGAGUCGAGAUCAGCUGUUUUUGAAAUGAUCGAUGGAGUUUUGAGGAAGGUCCUCUCUGCUUCAGCCCUCCAGUCCUCCUGCUUCUUCACCGCCCUGCUGGUCCUGAUGGGAGUCCUAAAGGGAGAGGGCAAAGUGAAGAAGGUGUCGCUGGUCCCAGGUCAGCUGUUAUGUUUGGAGCAUGCUGUCCAGCAGGAGUAUUUCACUCAGGACCACGCCUCUCUGCUUCACACCCUGCUGUCCAGAGGCGGUGAUGCUCUGAAGUCCUGCAGCAGUGCCACGGAGAGGCUGAACUCUGCUUUGGAGAAGAAAUGGCACAAGUACCACUGAGCUAGCUGAAGCUAGUCUCAACGCAGGGACUUAGACUCACACUGUUCUUCAUCUCUCCAUGCUGGGAACCAACAGGGAUACUUUCCACUUAAACAAAGGGACAAGUAAAGCCACUAUUUAACUUAUACCUCCUGAUUUGUAUAUUUUAUAAAACGUGGCUGUCUA